UUGGGAGCGAUGCCCCAUUUUACGUGCAAGGGCCCCACCUCUAACUUGUCUCUCUCUAGUUGGCCAUUGUUAACUUCAAUGAAUGAUGGUCUUUAUUUAUUCUUCAAUGAAGAAUUGAAUCCACUCAUCUAGACAUUAAACAGAUGAAAGGUGAAAGAGGGAAGACGAUGCAGUCCACCGAUCAGAAUUCAUCAAAUCCUUACGCAGAGUAUAUUGAAUCAAUUGAAUCCUCCUCCAAAUCGAAGCCGUCCUCAUCCUCAACUUCGUCCUUGCAAAGAGGAACCUCCGGAGUGCCAACCACUUCACCAGAUCCAAUACCUGAUUCCAGUAUCGGGAAGGAGAAGAACAAGAGCACUCAGGAGGCGUUGGACUUGGUUUCAGCUCGCAGGGAUUUGGAGCACUGCAAGACUCUUGAAGAAAGAUCUGCACUUAAAGAGCGCCUACAACCGAAGAUUAUUAGCCGACUAGAGAAGUUAUCGGAGAUGGAGCAGAUACCUAGUGUAGGAAAAGAGAUUGCAGAUGCAGUCGAUUUCCUCCAAUCACUGAAUCCUUCGGACCCGGUAUUCGUGGAAAUUGGCAACAUAAGUCAGACGAGUCGUAAAGGAGUAAUUAGUUUACAGGAAGGAAUGAUCCAAUUGAAAGACGCCCAAGAAAAGUUGCUCUCUCAGCUUCGUUCCCUGUCUCCCCAUGAUAACAAGGAUCACUGAUUGUUUCCUCUGUUUUUGCUUUCUUUCCUCUGUUUUUACUCAUUAUGAUUCUGGUUGUGUGUUUGGGUUGAACUUGAAUGCUAUGAUUGUGACUACUUUUUUCUAA